AUGGACCAAUUAAAUGUUAAGGAACAACAAGACUUUCAACAAAUCGUUGAACAAAAGCAAAUGAAGGACUUUAUGAGAUUAUACUCAAACUUAGUCUCCAAAUGUUUCGAUGACUGUGUCAACGACUUUACAUCUAACAACUUAACCACCAAGGAAACUGGCUGUAUCACCAAAUGUUCUGAAAAGUUCUUAAAACACAGUGAAAGAGUUGGCCAAAGAUUCCAAGAACAAAAGUAAGUAAUUUUUCGAGUCGAAAUAAUAGGAUAUGGAGAUGCCACCUCGUAAAUUUUCAGAGAAACGAAUACUAACCCAUUUUAGUGCCUUAUUGAUGCAAAAUAUGCAAAAACGUUAG